CAAAAACUCAAAACUGGUCUUUAAAAUAGACAGUAGACAGUCAGAAUUUUUAUUAAAAAUAAAUUCUUAUUAACUUAAUGAGUAUUGACCAUUGGUAGUAGUCUUAAUAAAAUUUAUAUUAUUUUGUGUUUGAUACAAUAUGAACGUAUUAACGUUGAAAGUAAAAGAUGCUAUGACAAAAAUAUUAGCAGUUAAUCGCAGUUCCAUUUUAACUUUAAAUAAAUAUUCCGAACAGUCAAAAACAGAGACUAAUGAAAGUAAGGAAGACACAAAGGGGGAAUCUAAGAGAAUGGCCGAAUUUAGAAAGAAGUUACGGGAGACCACUCCUAUAACAGAUUUGGGAGAACAAGCAGAAAUGAAGGCUAAAGAUGACCCACUGCCAGCUUGGCCGGAUGAUAUUAAUCCACAUACUGGUGAAGUAGGUGGGCCUCGAGGGCCAGAACCUACAAGAUAUGGGGACUGGGAAAGAAAGGGGAGGGUUACUGAUUUCUAGUUUAUAAUUAGGUACAAUUAAAAAGAAACCUUUUUAAUGUGUAAUUUAUUUUUAAUUUAAUAGUUAAAAUUUCUAGUAUCCAAUAAAAUUAAAAAUUAUUUGCA